UCUCCAGUCCGUAUAAGCUUGGCGUGGCGCUCAUAGAUACGCACAACGUUAGCGCGGCGCCGCUCCACAGUCGCUCACACCGUCACACGGCAUGGAGGUUGCCGGAAACCAUGUUCAGAGCUGUCGCACGGAGCUGCCGGAGCCGCAGAAGCCGCUGGUGGACGACGACGGGCGGCCGCUCCGCACGGGCACGCUGUGGACGGCCAGCGCGCACAUCAUCACGGCGGUGAUCGGCUCCGGCGUGCUGUCGCUCGCGUGGGGCGUGGCCCAGCUUGGGUGGGCGGGCGGCCCCGCCGCGAUGGUGCUCUUCGCCGCCGUCAUCUACUACACGUCCACGCUGCUCGCCGAGUGCUACCGCUGCGGCGACCCCACGUUCGGCCCGCGCAACCGCACCUACAUCGACGCCGUCCGCGCCACCCUCGGCGACUCCAAGGAGAGGCUCUGCGGCGCCAUCCAGCUCUCCAACCUCUUCGGCAUCGGCAUCGGCGUCUCCAUUGCCGCCUCCGUCAGCAUGCAGGCGAUCCGGAGGGCCGGCUGCUUCCACUACCGAGGGCACGAGGACCCGUGCCACGCCUCCACCAGCCCAUACAUCGCCGUCUUCGGCGUCAUGCAGAUCGUCUUCUCGCAGAUCCCCGACCUAGACAAGGUAUGGUGGCUGUCCACCGUGGCCGCCAUCAUGUCCUUCUCCUACUCCACCAUCGGCAUCUUGCUCGGUGUUGUUCAGAUUGUAGAACACGGAGGACCGAGGGGGAGCCUCGCCGGCGUCAUCGGUGCUGGCGCCAGGGUCACCAUGAUGCAGAAGGUGUGGCGCAGCCUGCAGGCUUUUGGGAACAUCGCGUUCGCGUACGGUUUCUCUAUCAUCCUGCUCGAGAUACAGGACACGAUAAAGUCCCCGCCGCCGUCGGAGGCUAAGGUGAUGAAGAAGGCGACGGCAGUGAGCGUGGCGGUGACCACGGUGAUCUACCUGCUGUGCGGCUGCGUCGGGUACGCGGCGUUCGGGGGCGCGGCGCCGGACAACCUGCUCACGGGCUUCGGCUUCUACGAGCCCUUCUGGCUGCUGGACGUGGCCAACGCGUUUGUGGUGGUGCACCUGGUGGGCACCUACCAGGUCAUGUCCCAGCCCGUCUUCGCCUACGUCGAGCGCCGGGCGGCCGCCGCGUGGCCUGGCAGCGCGCUGGUUCGCGACAGGCACGUGAGGGUGGGGCGAGCCGUGGCCUUCUCCGUCAGCCCGGCGCGGCUCGCGUGGCGCACGGCGUACGUGUGCGUCACCACGGCGGUGGCGAUGCUGCUGCCCUUCUUUGGCUCCGUUGUCGGUCUCAUCGGCGCCGCCUCCUUCUGGCCGCUCACCGUCUACUUCCCCGUGGAGAUGUACAUCGCGCAGCACCGAGUGGCGCGGGGCAGCAUGCGGUGGCUGCUCUUGCAGGGGCUCAGCGCCGGGUGCCUUGUUGUGUCCGUUGCUGCCGCUGCCGGGUCCAUCGCCGGCGUCGUGGAAGACCUCAAGGCGCACAAUCCCUUCUGCUGGUCGUGCUGACCGAACCAACUCUGAUGUAUGAGGGAUGCUUCUCUGCGCCGCACUACUUCGUAAAAGAACAUUAUUAAGAGCAUCUACAAGAGUGUGCCUUAUAAUAGUGCCCUAUAAAUUAAAAGGGGUCUCUUCAACUAAAGUGUUUUUGGGCACAAAAUAUUUUUGUGCUCCAACAAUAGUGCCCUUAAUCAACUGAAAUCGGUUGCUGACGUUGCGAACUGAAAUGGUAAUAUGUAUAACAGCAACCACAUCUUCAGUGAGACAUCCAACAACAACCCAUUCUGAUAUC